UGCAGAUAACAAAACAGUAUCAUUAACAAGAGCUUUAAUUGUACGUACGAGCUGCGAUACAUUUAUAGAUCUAACAGCCAUGAUCAUGAAUUCUCGUAUUGCUUGGCUCGUGGCCUUCUUCUCAGUUCUCUUGAUUGCUGCAGAUCAUGGCAUAGAAGCAAGAAAGGGUCCUGGAGAAUAUUGGAUUAGUGUUAUGAAAGAACAGCCCAUGCCGGAAGCACUUCAAGUCCUUGUUCCUCUGGAUUCCUCACCAUCUCAACUCAACAAGAAUGCCGAUGACUGUCACACGCCUGAGCUGGGAGCAGAGAUCAACAAAUUAGACCAGCUUGUCGAGGAUUUCAAGCAUAAAGCUGAUCAUGAUCACAAGCAGCGUUUUGUUAAGGAUUUCGAGCCUAGACCCAAUAUCUCAGCGUACGGUGGCGAUGAUGAUAUUGUUCAUGAAUCAGAGAAGAAGUUUAUCAAGGACUUCGAACCCAGACCUAAUAUCUCAGCUUACACCGAUGAUCAUGUCCACGGUUCUAAAGAAAGAGCAUUUGCAGAAGAAUUUGAGCAAACACCAGAUGUUACUAUUUAUCACGAGUGAGAAUUAAUUAAUUAAGACAGAUAGUGCAAUUUAUAAGGGACUUCGUACGUGUAAGAUAAUAUAUCAGUACGGCAACUUAUAAAUAAGUAAAACUUAAGACGCCAAGAAAAAAUAAAAAAAGGAAUUAGCUAUGGAAGAAGGUUCCCUAAUUGCACGUACAACCCUGUAGUUGCAUGGGCUUUUAUUUAUGUAAAAUAUCUUAAGUGUGUAUGUGUGAUGAUGAUCAUCAAAUUAAUAAAAUGUAUUGCAUGCUGUGA